GGUGCCGUGUCGGAAGUCAAAGGUCGGUAAAUAGUGGUGAUGUCAUGCAGGCAAGAUGGCGGAAGGGGAGGACGUGGGGUGGUGGCGGAGCUGGCUGCAGCAGAGCUACCAGGCAGUCAAAGAGAAGUCCACUGAAGCUCUGGAGUUCAUGAAGCGGGACCUGACGGAAUUUACCCAGGUGGUACAGCAUGACACAGCCUGCACCAUAGCGGCCACAGCCAGCGUGGUCAAGGAGAGGCUGGCCACUGAAGGCUCCUCAGGGGCAACAGAAAAAAUGAAGAAGGGGUUAUCUGACUUCUUAGGGGUGAUCUCAGACACCUUUGCCCCCUCACCAGACAAAACCAUCGACUGCGAUGUCAUCACCCUGAUGGGCACACCCUCUGGCACAGCUGAGCCAUAUGAUGGCGUCAAGGCUCGCCUCUACAGUCUGCAGUCAGACCCAGCAACGUACUGCAAUGAACCCGAUGGGCCCCCGGAGUUGUUUGACGCCUGGCUUUCUCAGUUCUGCUUGGAGGAGAAGAAGGGGGAGAUCUCAGAGCUCCUUGUAGGCAGCCCCUCCAUCCGGGCCCUCUACACCAAGAUGCACUUUCCCCUCCAGGUUCCAGCAGCCGUCUCCCAUUCAGAAUUCUGGCAUCGGUACUUCUAUAAAGUCUACCAACUUGAACAGGAGCAGGCCCGGAGGGAUGCCCUGAAGCAGCGGGCAGACCAGAGCAUCUCUGAAGAACCCGGCUGGGAGGAGGAAGAAGAGGAGCUUGAAGCCAUUGCGCCGUCUCCAAAAGAGGCAAAGAUUCCAAAAGAGACCAAAACUUCCACAUCCCCUGAAGAUGGGCCUGGCCCCCAGAGCCCUUGUGAAGAGACUCCAGUGGAGCCCCCUGCAGAGGUAACACCAUCAGAGAGCAGUGAGAGCAUCUCCCUCGUGACGCAGAUUGCCAACCCUACUGCACCCGAGGCGCCAGUGCUGCCCGUAGACCUGUCCCAAAAGCUGCUUGAAGCGUCUCUGGAAGAACGGAGUCUGGCUGAAGAUGAGGGUGAAACUGGACCCCCGCCCCCAGUUCCCUCCAAGCCUCUAACCCCUGCAGGCCGAGCGAGCGGCCCAGAGCCCAGGCCUCCAGCCAGAGUAGAGACCCUAAGAGAGGAGGUGCCCACAGACUUACGAGUGUUUGAGCUGAACUCAGAUAGUGGGAAGUCUACACCCUCCAACAAUGGCAAGAAAGGCUCCAGCACGGACAUCAGUGAGGACUGGGAGAAAGACUUUGACCUGGACAUGACGGAAGAGGAAGUGCAGAUGGCACUUUCCAAAGUGGAGGCCUCCGGUGAGCUGGAAGAUGUAGAGUGGGAGGACUGGGAAUGAGGGAGCCAGCGCAAGCAGCUCCCCGACCCACGGCACAUCCCACCUCCCUCGCUCGCUAGUCUCAGCUGGCCUUGGAAGACACUGAGAAUGUCCCCCAAAUGGCCUCUGCCAUCCAGACCUUGGUACAUACUCUGGUGGCUCCUUGCUGGCCCUCUGCUCACACCUUGGAAGAGCCUUUCUAAAUACAAAUCCAGAAGUCUGACUUGUGCCAACCUUAGGAUGACCUAAGGGGAUGACCCUUACCCUGUCACCGGAGAGCCUGCAUUUCUCUGCUGUUCUAGGGAUCCCUGCUGGGAACCUCCUGGGGUAGCCAUCUUCUGCACAGAGACAGGAGCUGAUGCACUGGUCUCUCUUUGAAGAGGCCAAGACAACACACUCUAUCCUAUAAGCUAGUAAACCAGCAAGGAAAGCCAUGCCACCUGUCCUUGGCAACACAGGGACAGCGAACAGCGUCUUGGUUCCUGUCACAAUGAGUAAGAGGCAAUCAUCUCUGGGAAAUUGUCUCUCUCUGGAAUCUCCAUCCCAAGCAUUUUCCAUUCCUGGAAAGGUCCUGUGGGGUUCAGGAUCUAAAACCAAACUUGACUCUCCUCCAGCCCACACUGGGAUAUCCCCACACAUUCCCAGGGCUUUUAUGUCAGAUGCACCCAAGUCCUUAGCCCAGCUGUGCCACUGCAAGAGUCUGCUCUUGUUUCUUUCCCUCCCCAAGAAGGGAGGGAGCCACUUCCAAGCCUUUCUGUGUAUUGACUGAUAGGGCACCUGCUCCAAGCAGCUAUCUAGCUUGACUCCCUUAGCUUAAGACAGAAGCCAGCUGUGAGCUCUAUGAAGCGUGAGCAGAGGCAAGUACUCAUGGUCCAUCAUCAGGCCAGCUUCUCCUCAGCCCUCUGCUCCUGAAGGGAUGUGCGGGGACAAGCAUCCUGAGACUCCUGUCUCCUACAGAGGCCCUCCUUCCUGAAGACAGCCUGGGCCACAUGAAGACCUGGUGCUGCAUGGAUUGCUGCUCUGGUGGUUCUGCAUGCUAAUGCAUCCACCGGUGACAAAAGGAAGCUGGUUCAGGGUCACCGUGAAUGGUGGGCACUACUUCAAACCUUCAGUGAAGGGGGAGGAUGGAGAGAAUGCUAAAUAUUUUUUUUCUGAUGGGAUGGGUUUUUCUCUUUGUAAUUAUUUUAGUUUAAUUAACCUUUUGGUUGUUUGUGCAAUAUUAUAUAUUUUAAAUUAUAAUGCAUCUCCCCAGAGUAUUUUGUAGUUGGGAAAAGGAAAAGAAAAAGAAAAAAAAAUUCUAACAGCUGUUAGUUUUGUAAUUAAAAAGGAACAAAAAAAAGUUUGUCCUGAACCUUUUACAGAUUUGCCGUAACAGCAUUAAAGUGAUUGAACAGAA